AUGUCUGCCACCCAGCCUAUCGCCAUUGUGUCCGUCGUGUCGGCUGUUGUAUCGGCUUUCCACGGUGGUUCUGAAAUGGUCAAAACCUUUAAGAAGAGGAGGGGCAGGAAGUCAGCAGAGCAGGCGCUGAAAGAGAAGGAUUUACAAGAAUCACUGCAGCAUGGCCAGCGUGCGGUCCAGCAGCGCUACAUCGCUGAUUAUCAACAGCUUGGGCAGCGAUUUCUGACUGGCGACGAUAUCGCUCGGCACCGCCUACUCCAGAUUGCCGUGGUAAUACAAGCCGAAAUCAUACGGAGCCUACAGUUCGCUGUCAAAUACGAUAAUGCGAUACUCGAUCUAACGGUCCUAAGAGAUACAUCGGCUGUCAAUCGCGAGGCCGCGCUCACCACGCUUAGUGAGCUCCGGCAACGGAUCGUUCUCGCGAGCCCCUUUCCUGCUACUCUACAAAUACCUGAGAUGAGGAGGCCGCCAUCGACGGAGUCAAUCCGAGUCUUCAUUGAAGGGCAGACACCACCAGAGUUUAUCCCUCCAGGUGUGACCCUAACCCCGGAGCCGGAAUCAAGAGGUGGAUUGAAGAGGUUUCUGUCGAACAGGCGUUCAUCGACGGGAAACACGCCACAGAGCGCUCCUUCGUACACCGCUCCGAUCCCAAGAUUCGACUGGCUUCAAGCAAGUAGUCAUGACCGUAGGCAGACAGAACCCACCCUCGAGGACAUGCUAGCCCGGCUUGGGUCGUCGCCGAUCGGCGGUGAAGCACAUGGCGGGACAGGACCCGUACGAAACAGCUCGACAUCAGCCGGCAGCACAAACUCGGUCCACUCUGGGAGGGUACCGUCUGUCGCGAGCGCCAGCGAGACGACCGACAGUGCCUCCCCACCAAGCACUAGCACGCCGUCAACACCAGGCGUUCGCAGUCCAGUCAGCGCUCCCGACCUUUCACCUUCAGGUUUCGCAGGCUGUCUGCAGUAUCAGCACCCGCCUGAUCCGCGCCCAAAGACCUACACCCGCGACACGAUUGAGAGGUCUAGUGACCAAGAGCUGCUCGGAUGUCCGUGCAAGGAAAAUAAUUUCUGGGGCUUCUGCCAAGGCGCGUGGUCGACGCGCGUGAGCCCGGCCAAGGGCCUACGAGUCAAGACCCGGCCCGAAGGGUACUACUCGACCGUGUCGUUCUGGGAGUGCCGGCACUGCCACUUUCGCGGCGAAUUCAACCGCAUAAAGCCACAGCUGGUCGACCAGACCGUCUACACGACGGCAUGCGGCAUCCGCUACCGGUGGCUGUUCCUGGCGAAGAGCCAUGCCCGUGUCACUAGUCUGGCGCAGGUAAGUCAGCGCGGCGGGGGCGCGAAUUAUGGGUGCGUCUUCUGCUGCGCCGAAGGCAAGCCCACCAGCGUGUACGGCAGCGUCGAGACGCUCAUGAACCACAUCUAUCCCACGCAUGGCAGGCAGAUGAGCGCCGAUCUGCAACGGAGGAUGAAAUGCGUCGUCGGCUGCAUCGCGGAUCCGGCUGGGGAUUGGGAUCUCAACAUCCCGCUCGCGCCGGAACCGGAGGGGUCCGGUCUGUACGAGAUGCCAGCUGAGGACAACAGGAUCUCUGCCCCAGUGCCAGUGAGCAGAGUCGAGCCGGGCGGUGCUGCUGCGAUGCGGGCGCCCAGCUUCGGCCCUGUGUGGUGCGCUCCCAGCGAUCCAUGGAACCCGUCCGUAGGUGGGCUCAUGUUCAGGAUUUAG